AUGUCUCACUUUGAACGACCAAGGGAAGGACUCGGACUCGAGCCUCAUAUUACUGGCGAACUGACCUGGAAAGAAAUCCGCCUCGAACAAAGUAGAGAAAUAGGUGUCUUUCAACGAUAUCGAUACACUGCUUACUGCAUGAAAAUCUCCUCGAAACAGAGGCCAAUCUCUGAACAGUCGUUCAAAAAGAAAUAUACCUUAAAGAGCAACGCAAGAAGAGCUGUGUCGAUUGCCUACAGUCCGACAAAUCGACCAACAAAAGCAUCAAAGAGGAACUCGAAUCCCUUAAAAACAAGUGUUGGUUCCUCGAGCAAGAAUGGUGGCAGCAUCGCAAUUCCUUCUUCCAAGGAUAUCACUCAAGGGGUUUCCAUCUCUGGCGAUCACACCCAAGGUGGUAUAUGCAUCGAGGCCUUGUCAAAGAUUGCGCUGGCAGACAAGGCUGUUGUGCUCGGAGCUGCGGAUGCUGUAUAA